GGUCCCGGUGGAAUACCCGGAAUGGUACCAAGGAUGCCGGGUCUUCCGCCACCGGAGUUACGGCUUCUUGGACAGCUUGGCGGGAUGCUGAGCGGUCACCAUGGAUCACCACUUGAAUUCAUGGCAGCUCAUCACGGUGUCCUGCCACCAAGAUCCUACAACAGCCCACCGCCAAUAAGCUCCAGUGAUCCUACGGCAAAUGAGUGCAAACUGGUUGAUUAUCGCGGCCAAAAAGUUGCGGCAUUCAUUAUUGCUGGUGACACAAUGUUGUGUUUACCCCAAGCAUUUGAGCUGUUCUUGAAGCACUUGGUGGGUGGUCUUCACACCGUUUACACAAAACUUAAAAGACUCGAUAUUGUGCCACUAGUGUGCAACGUCGAGCAAGUCAGGAUUCUGCGAGGACUCGGAGCUAUUCAGCCUGGUGUUAAUCGAUGCAAGUUGCUCAGCUGCAAGGACUUUGAUGUGCUCUACAGGGACUGCACCACCGCCAGGUAUGCAUCACCGUCAAGUAACAUUUUCUCUCUCGCUACAAACAAAAUUUCACAUAGAUGGCCCGGGAGACCGCCAAAGAGAGCAUCUAUGGGACUGAGUUUAGCGGCGAGUCAUCUUGCUGCUGCUGGACAUCCUCCUCUCAAGAAACAUCGGCUCGACAAUGGCGACUACUACGAGAACGGCCAUCUCGAUGAUUUCAUGUUUGCAGACGUUUCGCGACUGGAGAAGUCACCGUUGCUGGCGAACGGAUACAACCAGCCGCCCACACACUUGAGUCACAUGCAGUACAUGCAGCUCGGAGGACAUCCAGGUGCAGGACACACGGCGAUUCUUUCACCCGCGAGCCUGCCGCACCAUCUCCAGGCACAGGUGCAGGCGCGUGUUGAACAAGGACUAAAAGUGAACCCGAACAUGACCAACAUGGAAGCCCUCGCAAGGUCGGGCGUGUGGGAGAACUGCCGAGCUGCCUACGAAGACAUCGUCAAACAUCUCGAAAGGCUGAGAGAAGAGCGAGGAGAAGCUGACCGAGCGCUGGCGUUGGAUCACAAGCCCAGAGAUCUCAGCUCGCACAAUGGGUCGUCGAAUGGCCACAGCCCGGUGUUGAAUUUGUCGAAAACCGCGGGAAGCGGCAGCAUCGGCGAGCCCUCGGGAAGCGAAGGGGCUGCGUCACACCGCUCGCACGACGACGAAGACGAGGACGACAAUUUGUCCGACGACCUGGAAGACGACAACGAGAAAGACGAAGAUCUCUCAGACGUCCCAGAAAAUCUUCCGCUGCCACCCCCGGGAUCGGAAAGUCCACCGCAGGCACUGAACUACUCCCAAAUAGCCUCCGCAGCGGUAGCAGUGUCGCAGGGGGCGCAAGACCCCUCGGUCUCCAGCACGGAAACUCUUCUGAGGAAUAUCCAGGGCUUGCUGAAGGUCGCCGCGGACAAUGCACGCCAGCAGGAACGGCAAAUAAACUACGAGAAAGCUGAGCUCAAGAUGGAUGUGCUGAGAGAAAGGGAAGUCAAGGACAGUCUGGACCGGCAACUGCAGGACGAACAGAAGACAAGAAUAUUGUAUCAAAAACGAUUGAAGAAGGAGCGACGGGCGCGGAAACGGCUCCAAGAGCAGCUAGACCUGGAGGUAAAGAGACGCACGCAGUUGGAAGAAGCACUCAAGGCUACGGGGGCCACGCCGGAGCAAGUCAGAGCGAUAGCUGAAUCACUCGCCCAGGAACUUGAGCAGGAAAGAAAGUCCCGCCAACAUCAGGCUGCUGAGAGGGAUCAAGUAAAAUCUCCCCUUCAAGAAUCUCGAACGGGUUACUACAAGAAUUCUGUUCUCUUUACAAGUGCGACCUAGAAGAAAAAAAUCCAAGAUCAUAAAAAUUAACCAACAGAUUGAAAAAUCGAAAUUUCGACUUCGCUCCCGGGUAAAGUCUAGAAUGCGUCUCUUAAAAAAAUCAAAUAUCUACUCAUGAUAUUUUAAAAAUGUCUGCGAGUAAGUACUCACCCGAGUUUAAAAUAAUAAUAAUAAUAAUACCAGAGACUAGAGACCAGAGACCAGGGAAGGAUUUAAAAAUUUAAAUACUCGCGUAUUUAAAUUAAAAAAAUAAAAAAGUGUAAAUUAUAUAUAAAGUAAUUGCUAGUAGUUAUUAUUGUAUUUAUUGUUGUAACAACAAUAAACAAGUCUAAUGAUAAAUUAAUUGUAAGAAAAUAUUUAAAACUGUGUACUGUAUAAAUGAACUGUCAUGCGAGCGUAUAUUAAUUACAUAUCAGCGACGCGAUUGUAUUUCAUAUAAUACAUGAUUGUUAAAUCACGUCGUAUCGUUCGAUGAUUUAAAUAAAUUAGUAAUAAAAAAAAUAUUAUUAAUAAAUUUGAAAAAAUUUACGGCAUCGGAGUGAAAAAAUCGAGAGAGAGCAAACAGAAUAAUGACACGAUAUGAUUUAAAUAAAUAAUAAUUUAUAAAGACUGCUUGUGAGUGUUUGUGUGUGUGAAUUAUGAAUCAUAGAUAAAUUUAAGAAUGAUUAUUAUUAUUAUUAAUAAAUAUCAAUAUCGAUGAGCGAGAGCAAGUAGAUAAUUUUAAGUCCGUAAUCGACGAAUGCUAGUCGACCCUCGUUACUCCUCUGAUCGUAUUUUUUAAUUAAUUAAUUAAUUAAUUAAUUGAUCUAUUAUUGUUUAUAUUAUUUAUGGAGAAACAAGUGAUCGAGUUGUCGAAUAGAAAUACGUGCGAUAAAAAAACCUCUGGCGAAAUUAUUGAGGUUUUUAUAACGCAAGAGAUUUAGUCUCAUACGAAUUAAAAUUAAAAAACUGCUGGCGAUCUCUUGCCGCACGUCAUUAUUUCCAUCGGUCAGUACGAGAGCUUUCAUUUAUUUUAAUAACUAUUAUUCAUUGUCUUUCAUACACGGGGAAAUUAUUCUUGUUUGAAAUGUUAAGGUGUUGCAGUAAAGCCGGUCAAUGUUGGCCAUCUGACGGAAGUCGAAGUAAGCUCUUGGGAAAAUUACUAUGGCUGCAGUAAAAAUUACAAUAGUUACAGUAAUUUGUGAUAUAAUCGUAAAUUUUACUAUGGCUGUACCUCUGUAUUUAUUUAAUUCCCCUGGAAUAAAAUUCACCCCAUAGAGUUAAUUUCAAUACUGAACUUCCGGUUCGAAGUAAAUGUGGAUUUAAAUAAAAUUUAUGUUCAUUUAAAUUUCUGCAAAUGGCGGACAUGGUCCGGCCCGCUAGAAAAAAUAUGUAUCCGAUAUAUAUCUUCAGUAUUGUAUAAAUACUGUUUUACCGACAUAUAUUUCCGGAUAUACAUUUUUUCAUACAGCCAUAGAAUUUCGAUAUGAAUAAAAAAAAAGUGAUUGAUAAAUCUCGUAGACUUGCUGGUAAAUAAAUGAAGUCUCGUAUUGACGAAUAUAUAAAUAUGUGGGACGUUUAAUUACUAAAUUAUAAAUAAAUAAAAGUAAAAAUAAAUGAAUUCUUAAGCCCACUGUAUCAUACGUAGACGAAAUAAAAAUGAUAAACUGUAGCCUCCUGACUCUAACAACUUCUAUUUAUAUAAAUAAACAUUUAGCUAUUACCGAACAAUUGACUUUAACUAUACAUUGUACGUGUAUUUAAUAUUACGUUUAACAAAUCACGAGAAGUGAAAUACUUUUGUUUCAGUGGGUGCAGUGCAAUCUCACGUUAAAUUUAAAUAAUAAACUAAAAGUUGAAUAUUCUAAAUAAAAAUAAAUUGGCUGAUAGAAAAUCUAAAGAAAAAAAUAUAAAAAGUCUUUCCCUUCGAACGUGAAUUAAUUUAAGGUUGUACAGUCUUUUACCUUUAAGAUCCUUGUGUUGUAAAGUUGACGUAAUCGUAGCGUCUAGGUAGAGACUAAGUUUAUUAAAUGAAAUAAUAAAUAAAUAAAUAAAUAAAUAAAUAAAAAUAAUUGAUUGUAGUGCCGAUAAUCUAACC